AGCCGCAUCGCUUUGGAUUACCACUAAGGAGGCACUUCAGUAUUUUGGCAGCAAUUUUAUUAAGAGGGAAGGCACUAGAGCGUUAGUAUUAGGACGCAAAUAGGAUGUGGAAGGCAAAAACAUUUCCUCUCCGUCGACUGGUUCUGAUCUGGACUGAUAUUCGCGAGACAUGUCUGACAUUACACGAGCCAUUGGUCCAAAUUUUCAUGGGAUUUCUGUAACAAGGGUUUGGUGUUUAAGGAGAUAGGCUGCCUUUACUAACAAGACGUUGGCACCUUAUAUCUUUCCGGAGGGGACUUGGUUGACAGUGCGGGAUGCAUUUGCAAGCGAUUGGGACCUAUACCUGCUGAUGAUAACAUGAGAUGAUCGCCAAGGACAGUUGUUGGCUAAUUAGCAAGAUUUUGGCUGGAUCUCUUUUCACGAGAGACACUUUGCGUUCACUUGAACAUAAACACAAUUACACGGUAGUCAGAUGUAUUCGUGUCGCUUUCGGGAGAUGGUUAAUUAUCGAGAAGAAUGUGAAUUGAAGAACAGAAAUUGAUAUUUCAUGGCUUGUCCACUGUGUUUGUGUAUUUCACUCCUGGCUUAUCCUAGACUUCCAGUUGUUUAAUUAUUAGACAACCAAAGGCAGUCAUUUAUUUGGCUCUGCUUACAUGUAGCCCGCAUUUCUGUUUUCCUGCUUUGAUGAAUCUAUGCCACUGGCAAGAGUACCUCGGGGUAGAAGCUCUUUGUCAGAGACUGUUUACGGAAUCCACGACAUUUUCACAUUCAAAUCGAUUUGUUUGUGUUCUAAACCAGCAGGUUUAUAUGAAAAUGUUUGAUAGGGCCAGGUAGGAGAGAAGCUCGUUGUUGUUUAUAUGUAUAUUGGUCCAGCUGUUGUGAACGCCCUCUGUCAAUAGGUAACAGCUUUAAUAGGCUUUACCUGACAGGUACCAUUACAUGUGGCAGCACUGUUUCAGCGUGUACAUCAUUAGGGGCCGUUCACAUCGAACUCGUUUUUGCGUCCGUCUGCGCUGUUUUUUAAUUGUUUUUCGAUGUAAACAUGCGCUAGACGGACGUCUUUAAAUGUUACGUCUCGCACUGGAGUGACGUAUUUUUCGACGCAUUGUCAAGUUAAAAUGAACUUAAACUUUUAAAAACGCAUCUCGAGACACCUGCGUUCUGUUCUCUUUAGCGCUACGUUUAACUUUGUUUGUUUGUUUGUUUGAUUGUUUUAGCUCAAGAACGCGUUCGGUCUGAACGGCCCCUUAUCCUCUCAAUGUAAACACUAGCGUUCGAGGCAGUGAAAACUGACGUUGCUCUCAGAACGUUGAACUACUGAAAAUAAACACAAAUAAUAUUCCAAACGGUCACUUACGGUGAGGGUAAGUAGGAAGAGUUACCGUUCAAGAAAGCGAACCAGCGACACUCGUUGGAAACCAAAUAGUAAGUUUUAUCCUUACACACUCCUUACACACCUGCUGGAGUCAGCAUUAAAUGCCGUUUGCAUUAAAUGCCGUUUUAAAACAUAGACCGCCUUUCCAUUAUUCUUAAGACGGGCACAUGUUGUUGGCUAUCAGUGUCAUUGUAUGGUGUUGGGGAUUGUUGAGUCGCAGACCGAUGCUGCGCCGCCAGGGCAAGCAGAAAGGCGGCUGUUGUGUCUUGUUGAGUGACCUGAAGGUUUUCCUACUCAGGCCACCGGCACCGUCGGCAUCGCCACCUGCCUUAACACCCAUGAACGAACUAAAUGCGGAGGGCAAUGCGGCGAGCAGCGCCACGGAGAGCAACUCUUUAGCCAACGGACAUUAUCAGCCCACGGGCUGGACGCCAACAGGUGAGGCUGAGGACACAAGAGAGACCGAAGACUGGACUCACAGGACGCUGGACUGCUGCAGCUCAUCUGAGGAUUGCUCAAAAGAGAAGGUUGACGAGAGGUUAUCUCUGAACAGCUGCACGGACAGUGGAGUCAGGACUCCGUUGUGUCGGAUCUGUUUUCAGGGCCCAGAGCAGGGAGAGUUACUGAGCCCAUGUCGCUGUAGUGGUUCUGUUCGCUGCACUCAUGAGCCCUGUCUUAUUAAGUGGAUUAGUGAAAGAGGCUCCUGGAGCUGUGAACUCUGCUACUACAAAUACCAGGUCAUCGCCAUCAGCACCAAGAACCCAUUACAGUGGCAGGCCAUCUCUUUGACAGUGAUAGAGAAAGUACAGAUAGCUGCAGCUGUACUGGGUUCCCUGUUCCUGAUAGCCAGUAUCUCCUGGCUGGUGUGGUCCUCCCUCAGCCCAUCGGCCAAGUGGCAACGGCAGGACCUGCUCUUCCAGAUCUGUUAUGCCAUGUACGGCUUCAUGGACCUGGUGUGCAUCGCUCUGAUUGUGCAUGAGGGUCCCUCUGUAUUUCGCAUCUUUAACCGCUGGCAGGCUGUUAAUCAGCAGUGGAAAGUCCUCAACUAUGACAAGAUCAAAGACAACGAGGAGCACCAGAAGACUGGCACCACAUUCCGGACCCUCUCCUUGCCCCUAAUGCACCGCAUGGGGCCCACCAGCACAGAGGGCGAAGCCUCCACCUCGACCUCCUCCCUCAUGGCUGCUGCCGCUGCAGCCACCGCAACCCCCACAACGAACUCUGUCCCAUUGGCAGCAGGUGCCACUGUGGAGGCACAGGACUCCUCUGAGCCUAGCAAUGGGCAGCCCAUGCUGCCAGACCACCACUGUGCUUACAAUAUCCUUCAUCUCCUCAGCCACCUGAGGCCACAGGAGCCCCGCGGACAGUCCAGCAACAGCAACCGUGAACUGGUCAUGAGAGUUACUACAGUCUGAGGUCUUUUUUUAAUGGUUGAAGCCCUGCAUGCAACAUAUUUAAAGAAAGAAAAAUAAACAGUGUUACUGGAGGAUCCAAUGCAGUACUAUUUUGGGUGUAAGGUGUUUGUUUGUUUUUUUCCUUCUACUUUUUACUGUAUUGAAUAAAACAAGAAAUAUUGUUUCUCUUGCAGUGGCUGAGGGAAGAAAGAUUUGGUCUGGCCAUUGCCAUAAAGCUGCAUACUUGAGGUUGUGUAAGCCAUUGAGAGACAGAGUGGGGAGGGUGAAUGGUCAGUGAAAUGGAGUUUGAGUGAGUGAGUGAGUGAGUGUGUGUGUUUGUUGUCAGCUCAGGGCCACAGUCAGAGCUGUGGCCAUUCUAAAGCACAACCUUAACAAUGCAAUUCACAUUCAAUUUCUACACUGUCUGAGAGCCACUCUGCAGAACCAAAUGAGUGCAGAGUGAAAAAUAAAGGUGUUGUACAUAAAACAACAUCGCACUUGUUUCCAAAUGGCUACUGGUUGUAUUUUCAGAUAAAAUCUUAUUAUUAAGAUCAGUACAGUACUUGCGAGAAUAAGCAAGUCUAAAUAUGUUUCCUAACAGUUCAAACCAAAUGUGAUAUUGAAGGAUCAAAAAGUUUUAUAAGUGUCAGCUCUGCUUUGAGGGAAAUCAAUCCUCUGAUUUUGACAGUCUUGUACAUCAACAACAGGAAGCCACAUUACAGUGAAGGAAACCUGUAGCAAUCAAAUCUUUUCGAAUCUUUAAAAAAAGUGGCCCAAUUUGAGGCAGACCUUGGUCAACUGACUUAUUUUGUUUACAUUUGUUAAAUAUGUGCGAAAAAAGGUUGCUACAUUACAAAAAAGACAAACUGGUUUAACUGUUGUAUGUGUCCAUUCCUCUGAGAGCCUAUUUAAUUAAAGGUGUUUUCACACCAGCACUUUUUAGGUGUUACGGUUCAUGUGAACUCUGGUACAGUUCGCUGUUGAUAUGAACGGAAGUUCACGGAAGUUAAACGCUACUGAUGACAUAUAAUUUGCGUAUUUACUUAGUCCCCAUCACAAUUAUGGUAUGGAUUUCUCAUACCUGCAUGCUUCCAAAUAAAUCGCCUUCUAUUUACAUUCUAUUUAGAUUUACACUUGCCGCAAAAAUGACACUUCACAAAAUGGACAUAAAUUUGGUCAGCACUUAAAC